CAACUAAUCAAUCCCAUUAUUCAGACACAAAAGAUGCAACCCUGCUCCGUCUUCGUCCGCUGGCGCCCCCUCCCACCCGACGCGUCCGACCCCGCCGAACUCACUCGCAACUAUGAACCCCACCCCAGCCACAACCGCAUAUCAAUAUCCCUUCCCCCGCAGAGUCCGCAAGCCCGUCCCUGGAAAAGCAGCCACGCGUUCACUCACAUCUUCGAGUCGAGCGACACGAACCGCGCUGUGUUCGACGCCGUGGUUGCGCCCACUUUACCCCGGGUCCUCACCGGCGGAACCAGCACCGUCUUCGCCUACGGCCACUCCGGCAGCGGCAAGUCCCACACCAUCAUCGGCUACGACUUCGAGCAUCGCGAGCAGUACGGGCUGUGUCUCGCAGCAGCGCAGCACUUGCUGGACGCCCUGCACGCGGUCAACACCAACACCACCGACAAAACAUCCCACCUCGGCCUCGGCCUGCGCAUGUACGAGCUCCGCGGCAACGCGGCCUUCGACCUCCUCAACGACCACAGCAAAUGCCACAUCCGCGAGGGCGGGGACGGAAAGACGCACGUCCGCGGGGAGACGGAGGUGCUGGAGCACGGCCGCGUGCGGGUGCGUCCCAUCGCCACGAAAGCGUGCUGGAGCUUUGAUGAGUUCCUCACACAUCUCCGUGGUGGAUUGGCGCUGCGCGCAACGGGGUCUUCGACGGUGCAUGAUCUGAGUUCGCGGACGCAUGCCGUGCUGGAGGUGGAGAUCGUGUCGCGCGCGCUGCUGGCGGCGCGGGAGGCGGUCGUGGAGCGCGAGUCGGAUUUCGUGCCUGUUGCGAAGCGGGCGACGGAUGUUUAUCUUGAGGAAAGUUUGAGGGGGUUAGUUAAGGAUGCAGAGGGGAAGUACGUGCCUAAUCCCGAGUAUCAGGUGAAUCAGGCGCGGAUUGAUGCGGCGGAGGCUAAGAAGGCUGAGUUCCAGGGGUGUGUCGAUGAUGCAGUGAGGAAAGUGGAGGAGGUACUGAGGACAGCAUCGCAUUUCUGUCUUGGGGGCAAGUUGGUGUUGGUCGAUCUGGCGGGGUCGGAGUUCUACCAUGAUAAGACUAUUGCGGCGGUCCCGCGGCCGAAAUUGUCUCCCCAGGAGCAGCGCGAGGGCAGGCAGAUUAAUACGGAUCUGCUCGCGCUGAAAGAGGUCAUUCGUGCGAGGGCGGCCAGGGCGGCCAGGAUCCCGUAUCGGUCGUCGCCGCUUACGAUGGUGCUGAGGGAGCAUUUCCAGGGGACGACGGGGCAGGGGGCCGAUGCUUGCUCGAGGAUGAUUUUGACCGUCUCCCCAGCUUUGGGGCAGGGGGCGGCCACGGCCAACACUUUGAAGUAUGGGAGUUUGGUCGGGGGCCUGGGGCCUGGGAAGUGAAAGAGAAGAUUAGUAUGCUUGACCACAAAUACAAAUAGAGAACCAAGACUAUG